CCCCCCCCCCCCCCCUCCUUAAUAGACCCUCUAACAACCCGGUAGCUCUUGCCAUUAACAGCCAUGUCGUACCGCACGCCCAACUUCACCGUGCAGCAGAAACUCUACUUCCUGCAGAGGAUCCAGGGCGUAGUUCACACCGUCCAGGACUUCAGGAAGGACACCAACACCACGGUGCACCGCAACGCCGUUUGGACCGAGGUGGUGAAAGCCUUCAACGCCGCCUUUCCCGACCGCCCCCCCAGCUCCGUGGGCACCAUGAAGACCCUGUGGAAGAGGCUGAAGGUGGAGAGCCGCCAGGCGUUGCACCGGCGCCAGGAGCAGCUAGUUGCCGGCCUGCCCGUCACAGCCCUGACCGAGGUCCAGCGGGAGAUCACAGCCAUGGUGCCCAACCUCAUCUCCAACCAGGAUGACGCGGAUGGAGAGGCGGGCGAGAACAGCAUCCGGCCUGGCUCCCCAAAUGCAGUGACUGGUGCAACAGGGACCAGCGGGAGUGAGCAGGAGGACGCAGAGAACAGUUAUGAGGAGUGCGACAGUAAAGACCAGUUGGCCAUGAGCAUCGGCAUCGCCUCCUUCACCGCACUAACAGGAUGUGGACGCCUCGGAAGCCCCACCUUCACCAGCCAACCCAACGCCUCCACCCUCACCCACAGUGGAACGUCUCGGGCUGCAGGGUCUCCGACAUGCCCCCCUCUGCACAUCCCCUCGUCCUCCAGCCUGCUUACCUCUCGCCCUGUGAACUUUGACCUGCCCUACACUCCCCAGGCAGCCCCACAACCCUUCACCUCUCUGGCGGCGCCAGGGCACGGGGCUGAAGAACCACGGUACGGGCCACGCAUGCAGGAGCUGUCGGAGCUGGAACAUGAGCAGAGGAUGAGGGUUCUUCAGAUGGAGCAGCAGGUGCUUCAACAUAAGCGGAAGGCAGUGAAACAGAAAGAGAGAGCGUACAGGCUAAAAAAGAGAUAUUACCAGGCUAAGCUCAAAAAGAUGGGGGAAGAGAUACAACCAUCCUCCAGCAGCGAGGGCACAGAGGACGAUGAUUACAAUCAAAUCAUUUGAUUCUUUUUAGUGCUUUUUAACCUUUAGUGCUCUUACUUUUUUAUGGAGAUUCAUUUUUCCUUCAGUUUUUGACAGUAAGCUAUUUGUGAAAACCUGAAUGAAAUGGUAAUGUCCUUGUUUUUGGUAUUUUUAUUCAUGGUUGCUCAGAAUCUAUGGGCUUCUGAUGUAAUUGGUUGGUAGACCUCUCUUAAUGUGAAAAGACACCUGCCAAAUAAACACAUGAGUAAGAGGAAAGCCUCUGGAAACAAA